AUGUCAGAAACUUCUGCACCUGCUGCUGACCCUUUCACGGAGUUUACAAAUAUCUUGGACGCACUACUUUCUGUAAAGCCCCCUGGAGUUUCGGGAUCCAAGAUUAGAAGUUUAACUUCUCUCGCAGUUUCUAAUGUAAAGCUUGAAAAAUCAAUGACAGAUGCCAUGUACAAUCAUCUGAUAAAAACACCCUAUUCUCAUAAACUAGGUAUUUUGUAUGUUGUGGAUGCAAUUGCCCGUGGCUAUCAAGAUCUUGCUGUAAAUGAGAGCUACCCAACCCCAUCUGAAGCUCCUGAAGGAACCUAUACUGCUGCAGUUUACAGAAUAUCUCAGUUGGUGGAAGAGAUGUUUGUUAACAUAUUUGGCAUUCCCCCUGCUGAAGAUGUUAAGGACAAGAUGAAAAAAGUCAUUGAUAUUUGGGAGCGUUGUGAGACUUUCCCCCAAGAGACUCUUGAUACAAUCAAGCGUAAAUGGUUUAACGAUGAGUCUACUACUCCACCUUCAUCGCCACCAUCACACAUCGUAGAAGCUGUUCGUAAUCUCACGGAACAACAUAAAGCUCAAACACAAGAUGAAGAGGCCAAUCAAGAACCUCUUUCACCUUCUUUGAGAGCACAGGAAACUUCUGCGCCUGAAGUGUCAUCUGAAGUCUCUUCAGAAGCACCUUCUGUAGCAUCGGCUCCUGUUCCCGAUGCAAAUUUUAUUGCACAGUUUCUUGAAAAAAUUAAGCAAGAUCCCAAGCCAACCACAAAGGAUGACGAUACUAGUAGUAGUAGUGAUAAUACCCUUGUCACCAAAACUGAGGGAGGAGAAUCUAGUAGCAGCACGUUGACCGGUGAUAUUUCCAGUAAUGCAUCUAGUACAGUUGCCGCUGCUUUGCAGUCGGAUUUGAUUACUCAACUUCUCAAACAGAAUCAACAAGGCCCUGGUGGCGCUGCAAGUGGUGUUUCUGCUACUUCUGCUACUUCUGCUUCUUCAACUAAUGCUGAUCAGCCUUGGAAUGGGCAGACCGGGCAAAAUGAAAACCAGGAAGAAGAUUCAGAAAGUGACGACAAACGUGGCUUUGACCGUCGUCGUAGAUCUCGAUCUCCAGAUGGCCGAGGCAACAGUAAGCGUGCUCGCAACAAUAGUCCAAAACGUGGUAAGCAAUUGGACGUUGCACCUGAUCAUGAAAUUUCUCGUGAACGCAAUGUCACUCGGGACCCUACUAUCCCCGAUGGUUCCAUAAAGGUUCUUAGUCGUACACUUUUUAUUGGUGGUGUCACUUCUGAUACCACUGAAGAGUCUUUGAUCCAAAUCUUUAAGCCAUUUGCUGAGGUCCAAAGCAUGGUAUUCCAAAAGGAAAUGAGACAUGCCUUUGUUAAACUGUACUCUCGUGCUGAGGCUGAAGUCUCGCGCGAACGUUUGGAGGAGGAGAACAAGACUGGACGUUUGGGGUUGCGUGCUCGUUGGGGUGUAGGUUUUGGCCCACGCGAAUGCUGCGACUACCAGACUGGUAUUAGUAUUAUUCCCCUUUCCAAACUCACUGAAGCUGAUCGCAGAUGGAUUGUUGAGGCUGAGUUUGGUGGUACUGGAGGCGCUCCAUUAGAUUCUGGGCUUUGUAUUGAAGAGCCUGAUAUUGAGAUUGGCGCCGGCGUUUCUUCCAAGGCCAUUAGCCAGCGAAUGCCUAGUAACUCAUCUCGUAACGGACCCAAGUCUUCUCGCGGUGAGCGACCCGAGCCUACUUUUAACGGAGCACCAUCCGGUGGAAGCAGUAAUGGUGGCGGCAGCGGCGGUGGUAACGGCGGUGGCCAUGGUAGACGAAGGGAAGGUGGUCGUCAUGACCGAAGAUCAGGUCGUGAUCGUGAUCGUGACCGUGACCGUGGACGUAAUGCUGGAAAUGGUGGCCGCAAUGGAGGCGGUGGCCGUUACGGGAAUGGGGAUCGCAACGGCGGUGGCGGCGGUGCUGGUUUCCGUGACCAGCGCGGAGGUGGCCGACAGGGCAACAAUGGUGGCGGCAACUUCAAUGGAGGUAUGCCAAACUUUGGAGGACCUGUUGGGAUGCAAAACAUGGGCAUGCCUGGUAUGAAUAUGCCUGGAGCCGGUGGAUUUAAUUUGCCCGCCAACUUGGCCACUCUCAUUUCAAGUUUGAACCAACAGGGCAUGGCUCCUGGCGGUGCGCCCAUGCAACAACCCCAGCAAAACAAUCACAACCAACGGUACGACCGAGGCCGUGGCGGGAACCGUCAUGGAAAUAACAAUGGAGGAAAUAAUGUCAACAAUAACAAUGGCGGUAACAACAACAAUAAUAAUAACCCACAGCAGCUUUUGGCACAGCUCACGCAGCAGCUUUCUGCUGCGGCAGCAGUCCAGCAAUUUGGCAUGGGUGGGGGUGCUCCUAUGGGAGGACCUCCACAGUACGGCGGCGCACCUCCUCAAUCAUAUGGUGCGCCAGGGGUUUCGCCAAACUUGUCAGCGGCGCUAUUCCAGCUCCAGCAGGCUGGAAACCAGGGCGGUCGUAACGGUGGAGGCGCACCUCCACCACCGGGACUUGGCGGUGCGCCAAUGGGUGGGCAAAUGAACGCACCAAUGGGUAAUGGUGGGCAGCUGCCGUUUAAUAUGACACAGCAAAUGGCGACUGCUCUGCUCCAGCAACACCAGCAGCAGCAGCAGCAACAUCAACAUCAACAUCAGCACCACCAUCACCAGAAUCAGCGCCGGAACUAA